UUGAUAUCACUAAUGCCAUCUCGUUGGCUUUGUUGGUUGAUACCAUUAAUGCUAUCUCAUUGGCUUUGUUGGUUGAUGCUGUUAAUGCCAUCUUAUUGGCUUUGUUAGUUGAUACCAUUGAUGCUAUCUCAUUGGCUUUGUUAGUUGAUGCUAUUUCAUUGGUUGAUACAGUUGAUGCUAUCUCAUUGGCUUUGUUGGUUGAUAAUAGUUGCUUUUUAUAUUGUUUUUUAG